AAAAGGGGAAAAGCAGGGUUCUUAACUUCCUCUGUUUAAUAGCCGAAGUUUUGCUGGAAGAAGAUAAGAUCUAUCAACAACCCAAUUCCCAACAUGCGGCUUUCAAGGAAAUUUAGCCUUCCCUUUGUCUGGGUUUCUCGUUUUGCUUCGUCUAUCCCUGCUUCAUCCCCUCUAGUUGUAUAGAUGCUAGUUUCUAGACACCUCCCCACCUGGAUCCUCCCGUUUUUCGAAUGCACGGGGUAUAAAUGUUUAUGCUUGCUUGCUGCGUAAGCGACCUUGAAAGGAAUAAACAGUGAGUCGUAUCGGGGAUGUUCCUAUUUGGCCAUUCUUUGCUUCAAGUAUUGGGAAUUUGAUUAUUUGAAAGAAAGGGUUUUGCUUUUGGAUUUGGGGUCUUUUUGGGGAACUAUGUAUUCUGGUUCUUGUUUAUUGGCCCCAACUGAGAAAUGUUUUGAGAAGAAACGUUGUUGUUCCCUGGUGUUGUUUUCCGGAGAAUAUUUCCUUGCUUGCUCUGUGGGUGAUGAAGUCGUUUAAGGCUAAAUUCCUUGGUCUUGUCAAUGUGAGGAUUUUCUUUCUUCCGUUGUUUUCCUUUUCUUUGUGGUUGGGAAAUGGUUAAUUCAUCUUUUACAUGAAGUUGUGCAGAAGUUGUUUUGGAUGCUUUGGUAAAGACACGGUUAUUACUGAAGUGGAUGAGCCAUCAAAGAGGGGAAAAGUUCAACGGGAAAGGGUGAAGAAAUCUACCAUUUAUGAUGAUUUCUGGAGCACUAGUGCAGGUGAAAUUGAUGCAGGUGAAAUUGACGACAGUGUGUUUCCGUCCCAGCCAAGCAUUUCAUCUAUCAGCAUAUCAAACCAACCACCUGAUCCUUCUGGCAGCACGAGCAAUCCAUCAGAGUUUGUGAAUCAAGGUCUUCUCCUUUGGAAUCAGACAAGGCAGCAAUGGCUUGCAAGUAAAAGGUCUGAAAAGCAGACAGAACUCCAAGAAUCCAGGAUAAGGUUUAACUGCUUUCAUUGUUUUCCUGAUACUCUCUGCAUCCCAUUUUAUAUGCCUUGAUUUACAAACUUCUACUCGGUCUUGUUGUACAUCUCCUUCUGUGCUUGUAUUUGACAUUGUUAUCCUCCUUCAUUUGUGUCGUGCGCACUGUUUCUUAACAUCAUUGUGUGGUUUACCUUUAUGUUUUGUAGUAGGAAUGCCACUUAUGAUAAUUUACUUGGAAACAAUAGUCCUUUCCCCCGGCCCAUACCUCUACCUGCAAUGGUGAAUUUUCUCGUUGAUGUCUGGGAGCAAGAGGGUUUAUACGAUUGAACAAUUAGAAAGAAAAGCAGAAAGAGGGAAAGAAUAUGGAAACAUUCCUCCAGUAAAUUCAUUUGUGGUUUUGUGACCAACUGUACUAUUUUCUUGACUUUGGAUCACUCUGUAUUAUCCUUACAUUGUUACCUAUACAUUAGGCCUUCUCUGAACUGGUGGAAAAAAUGCAAUGCAAAAUGCAUUUGAAAAAGUGUUUUAUAGGCCAUAUUGUAUUAUUUAAUAUGUAAUUUAACCUAUAAAUUUAUUAAAAUACC